AUGCUUUCACGUCUUGCGCUGUGGCUCGUGGACGCCUUGCGGGAUCUGGUAGCGAAGCAAGAAGCAUCGCGCAGGGAGGCCAAGCGUCGACGCAAAGGAUCCGCGGUGGGCGGUGGAGAUGGUGAGAUGACGGAAGAGAUGAUGGAGGCACCAUCGAAGAGCGCUGCUCAGGGAUUGCCCUUUGUCCUUGCGGCGCUGGACGAGAGGAGGGAUAGGUUCGUCGUUGUUGGACUGACGGGAUCGACAGAAUUUGGUGAUACGAGGAGAAAUCGGUUCGGCUUGGCUUUUCAGGAAGCAGCUAGUCAGUCUGGAGCUAGGACUAGACAUGACCAAUUCGACACGUCGGCCAUCGAGGUGCGCAAAGACGAUCUGACUGCUUUCAUCGAGAGACUGCAUGUGCGCGCUUGA